UCAAUAAAAUGCAAAGUCGGAAAGAUAAAGUUAAAGAUAAGCCGCCCUCGGAUCCACACAGAGAGUACUUGGACGCUGAGUCCACCGACGAAGAGGAGAGACAACGUAAGAUUUACGAGAAAAAUAUUAAAGGCUUCUUCUACCAACAACAAGUCUUUGGAUGGCGUUUGAAGAGUCAACAACCACCAACCUUCACAACCCAGAGCCUCGUCAGACAUGAAGUCGAUGAAGUUCAAGAGGAACUUAGACCGAUCUACGAUGAACAGGAACUGUCGAACCUGGUCAACUGUGUGAAAGACAUGACAACCUUGGGCGGACUAAGGAAGGAGGACUGGUCCUACUACUUGGAAUUGACAAUUCGAGAGUUCUUUCUAAAUCCGAACUUGACCACCCUGACCAUCUAUUAUUUAUACAACAGGCUCGCUGCUUCUCUGUCGUUCCCUAUUGUACCGGUAUACGAGCUCACCUACUUCAUCAGGGAACCACAAGAGAUCCUGCGAGCGGACACAUUUCGGGAUCGCGUGUUGUUCGGCUCGGUGAACGAUAAAGUAGAGCAGCACGUGCUGUCGGUUGUUCAAAACGUGUUGUCGCCGAUCUUCCUCAAGAUCGAAACCUGGCCAGACAGUAUCCAUCCAGAGAGGAUUCUCGCCCGCUUUGUUCAGUGGCUUAACUCGUGUUUAAUUAGUCGGGGAAAGUUUUCCGGGGAGCACGGUAUCGUAACGAUACUUCAACGAGCUGAACUACGAAACUUUCUUGUCUCCUCCUCCAGGACUUUCUUCUCUUUUUGCUCCUCUUCCCUCUUUUUCUCUCCCUCUCUGGUAAACAAUCUGUGGGUGUAAAACCGCCAGCUAUAAGUUUA